UCCUUGUACAUAAAUAAAUUACACUACCGUUAACCCUCGAAACGGCAAGAGCUCAAACCCAAACCCAAACCCAAACAGAUCUGGUCCCUCAAUAAUUCCUUUCCUUUUCUCGCACCACCAUAGGAAGCAGAAUCCUCCACAUGGCUCCGAUUCCGUCGGAGAACGGCGUCGAAGGAGACGACGAGAGAGAAGAAGACGACGAAGAGGAGGAGGAGGAGGAGGAGGAGGAGGAAGAGGAUGAGGAGGAGCCCAGGCUCAAGUACCUCAGAAUGGGAAGUAGCGUGCCCUCGCUGUUAGCGAGUGACGCUGCUUCGUGCAUCGCUGUCGCUGAGCGCAUGAUCGCGCUUGGGACGCUCGAUGGCAAUGUCCACAUCCUUGACUUUCUCGGGAAUCAGGUUAAAGAAUUUCCAGCUCAUACUGCUGCAGUUAAUGACCUUUCCUUUGAUAUAGAAGGAGAGUACGUUGGAAGCUGCUCAGAUGAUGGAUCUGUUGUUAUAAACAGUCUUUUUACAGAUGAGAAAUUGAAGUUUGACUAUCACCGCCCGAUGAAGGCAAUUGCUCUGGACCCGGAUUACUCUAAAAAAUCAUCUAGAAGAUUUGUUGCUGGUGGUUUAGCUGGUCAUUUAUAUUUUAAUACAAAGAGGUGGCUAGGCUAUCGUGACCAGGUUUUGCACUCUGGUGAAGGUCCAAUACAUGCAGUAAAAUGGAGAACUAGCCUUAUCGCUUGGGCUAAUGACGCAGGUGUGAAAGUCUAUGAUGCUGCCAAUGAUCAGCGUAUAACAUUUAUUGAAAGACCUCGAGGAAGCCCUCGCCCUGAGCUUUUACUUCCUCACUUAGUUUGGCAGGAUGAUACUCUAUUAGUCAUUGGCUGGGGAACAUCUGUGAAAAUUGCAUCAAUAAGAGCAAAUCAGCUUAAAGGAACCAAUGGGACAUAUCGGCAUGUCCCAUUGUCCAGCAUGAACCAGGUGGAUAUUGUGGCAUCUUUUCAAACCAGCUAUUAUAUUUCAGGAAUUGCUCCCUUUGGUGAUUCUUUGGUCAUUCUAGCAUAUAUUCCUGGGGAAGAAGAUGGAGACAAGGAAUUCAGUAGCAUGACGCCAUCGCGACAGCAGGGGAAUGCACAGAGACCUGAAGUACGUAUUUUAACAUGGAACAAUGAUGAGCUCACAACAGAUGCCCUUCCUGUUCAUGGCUUCGAGCAUUACAAGGCAAAGGACUAUUCUCUUGCUCACGCUCCUUUUUCAGGUAGCAGCUAUGCUGGUGGUCAAUGGGCAGCUGGUGAUGAACCGUCAUACUAUAUUGUUUCACCAAAAGAUGUAGUCAUUGUGAAGCCCAGGGAUGCUGAGGAUCAUAUUGCUUGGCUUCUUCAACAUGGAUGGCAUGACAAGGCUUUAGCAGCAGUUGAAGCAGGUCAAGGACGGAGUGAACUCCUUGACGAGGUGGGUUCCAGAUACCUCGAUCAUUUGAUUGUAGAAAGGAAAUAUGCUGAGGCUGCAUCUUUGUGUCCCAAAUUGUUGCGAGGAUCUGCUUCAGCAUGGGAGAGAUGGGUUUUUCAUUUUGCUCAUCUCCGUCAACUUCCUGUAUUGGUUCCAUACAUGCCGACAGAUAACCCCAGACUGCGUGAUACAGCCUAUGAGGUUGCUCUUGUAGCGCUGGCUACAAACCCAUCUUUCCAUAAGGACCUUUUAUCAGCUGUUAAAUCUUGGCCACCUGUCAUAUAUUCUGCAUUGCCUGUUAUAUCUGCCAUUUAUCCUCAGCUGAAUACUUCAUCCAUGACUGAUUCCCUAAAACAGGCACUAGCAGAGCUCUAUGUAAUUGAUGGGCAGUAUGAGAAAGCUUUUUCGCUCUACGCUGAUCUGAUGAAGCCAGAUAUUUUUGAUUUCGUGGAGAAGCAUAAUUUGCAUGAUUUUAUACAUGAAAAGGUUGUCCAACUGAUGAUGAUCGAUUGCAAGCGUGCAGUUCCUUUAUUCAUUCAAUACAGGGACCUAAUCACUCCAUCUGAAGUCGUUUCACAAAUUAUGGGUGCAAAGAAUACAUGUGAUACAAGAUAUUUCUUGCAUUUAUAUCUUCAAUCACUAUUUGAAGCAAAUCCACAUGCUGGAAAGGAUUUUCACGAUAUGCAGGUCGAACUUUACGCAGACUAUGAUCCAAAAAUGCUCCUUCCUUUUCUUCGUAGUAGCCAGCAUUACACACUUGAGAAGGCAUAUGAAAUUUGUGUCAAAAGAGAUCUUCUGAAGGAGCAAGUUUUCAUUCUUGGAAGGAUGGGUAAUUCAAAAAAAGCCCUGGCUGUUAUCAUAAAUAAAUUGGGCGACAUAGAAGAGGCUGUGGAAUUUGUAACUAUGCAGCAUGAUGAUGAACUUUGGGAAGAAUUGAUUAAACAAUGUCUUCACAAACCUGAGAUGGUAGGGAUGUUGUUGGAGCAUACUGUGGGCAAUCUUGAUCCUCUUUACAUUGUGAAUAUGGUGCCCAAUGGCUUGGAGAUACCUCGCCUCAGAGACCGUCUAGUUAAAAUAAUCACUGAUUACAGGACUGAAACAUCUCUUAGACAUGGGUGUAAUGAUAUUCUCAAGGCUGAUAUUGUAAAUCUCUUGGUCAAGUACUACAAAGAAGCUAGACGAGCUAUUUUCUUGAGCAAUGAAGUCGAUUCACGCGUGAAAAGGGAUGACAGUGGUACUUCUCAGUCGAUUGAGAGAAUACCUAGCACGAAAACUGUGGAGGUCAAGUCUAAAACUAGGGGAGGUGCAAGAUGUAGCAUGUGUUUUGAUCCCUUCCAUAUACAAAGCGAGUCAGUGAUUGUGUUUUUUUGUUGUCACUCAUAUCACACAACUUGUCUUAUGGAUUCGAUCAAUACUGUUACUGGCAACAAAAGGACUGGAGCCACUUCCGAGGAAGCUGGGACAGAGUAUGACUAUCAGGAUGAAGAUGAGGAUGAAGAUGAUAAUCAUUCAGAUGUUCCUCACUUGCGAUGUAUCUUAUGUACAACUGCUGUUAGUUAAGUCGGUAAUGUGCAUGCGCUCCUAUUGUAUCUUGCUUUUGUUUUCACUGCCUGUUUGUUUUCGCUGUCUGUGCAUGUAGCAUGCAUCAAUUUUUCCUGAGUAUUGGUUGAGCUCUUAAUUUUUCUUCAUUCUUGGAUAAUAAACACAUGAUAGUUUACGCAUGUGGUGAAUUCCGAUUUUUGACAAUUUUACUUGAGCUUUUGUUUGAA